UAAAAUUAAGUGAUAAUAAUUUCAAACAAAUUUAUUAAACAUUACUAAGCCCGGACAGUGCAUUAUAGAAGUAACUAUUUAAGUCCUUCGAUAAAAACCAACUUUUGUUUAAAUAUCAAAUCGAAUUCAAAUGGCAUCUACAUCGACUACAUCGAGUUCGUUUGUUACCGAAGAUCCCACUGAAAAUUUGAAAAAAGAACCGUCCAAAGGCAUACUAAAGCCUUCUGUCAGCUAUGAGGAAAAAGAUAAAAAGAAGUUGAAGUCUGCUAAAUGGGAUGAAAUGAACAUACUUAAGACUUUACAUCCACCAGAUAAAGAUUAUGGCCAUAUGAAAGUGGAUGAACCCAAAACACCAUAUGAACGAGAUUUUCAUGAAGAGAAUGAUGAAAUGGAUGGUGGUGUAAAUCCAGAAGAACUGAGUAAAAGAAUUGAAGAAGGAGGAAGGCGAAGAAGUAGUUCAUUUCAAUCUGAAGAAGAAUCUGAAGAUGAAACUUUAGAAACUAAAGCUGCAAGAGAAGUGUUUGAAAAGAAAAGAAAAGAACAUUAUAAUGAAUUUCAGACUGCAAAAAUAUUGGCAAAACAAAUGAUGGAUGAUGAAGAAGAUGAAAAUGAUAAACCAAAUAACGAUGCUAUUUAAGUAUGCUAUAGUAUGAUUUAAAAUAAAUAAUUUUUAUUAUUUGUUUUUUAUUUGUUUGUUGUACAAUAUUGAGGAACAAACAUUUUGCAUAAUUUGCAAUUAGUUAAUAAAAACC